AUGGCAACCUGCGCAGGGGUCAGCGGCGGUGGCGAGGGGUUCGGUGAUGGCGUGUCCGAGAGCGGGGCUGUGCGAUCCAGUGACGUUACGCUCCAGCCGCCAUCAGCGCGAAGCUCGAGGGUGGGUACCAGCACGCCAAACACCAAGAGGAAACAACUGAUGUGGCAGACAGCGGUGAGGCACGUCAUCGACCAGCGCGACCUCAACCCCCUUGGCAACCACCGUAUCCUGGUGACAGACGCCUACAUCAACGACAUCAACAGGCAGAUCCGCAGCAAGGCGUCUCGGGGUGGCGUGCUGCACAAGCGGCGUUCCUCCGUAGCGCGCGUCCACCCAGACAGAAGCGAGCGAGCCUCGGCGGAGACGAGGAAGAGCACCGACACCUUGAACGACUCCGAAUACUUUGUCUCCUACGGCACCACGGUCAAAGGGGUGUUCAUCCCCGCACUCCACCACACCUUCAAAUCUCCUGACCUGGAGAACCUGUACCAGCAGUACUCCUCCGGCCAGAGAAAGACCUCUCUGGUGGUCACCAACAUGAUCGACAUCCUCACCAAGCUGCACAUCCUCAUCCUCUCCAUGCUCAUUUCCCCCGAGGAGCUGGACUUGGUCCACGGUUGUCUGGGAGGCAUGUUCAUCAUGCUGGGGGCGGGACUCUGCAUCAUGGUGCUGACCUGUAAGGGGAUGAUGUCAUCUCCAGAGUGGUUGAGGUACGCGGCCCUGGCUAGCUGGCUCUCUCAGACAGUGCAGGUGCUAGCGGGCGUGGUCGGGGGCGUGGACAGGGACCAGGCCUGGUAUGUGCUCUUCACCCUCUUCGCCACCUACACCCUCCUGCCUCUACCCCUGCUCUGGUCCAUCAGCACUGGGGUGCUCACUGCAGCCCUGCACCUCCUGGUGGACACUCUGCGCAACUACGACGAUGCCGCGCUCUUCAGGAAGGUGCUAGCAAAGGGGCUGCUCUACUUGUGCAUGAACACAGCAGGCCUGUUCAUCCACUACCUGUCUGACCACACCCAGAGACAGGCCUUCCUGGAGACCCGACGCUGCAUCGAGGGACGAGUCCGUCUGGAGAGAGAGAACCAGAGACAGGAGCGCCUGGUCAUGUCUGUCCUGCCCCGCUUCGUUGCCUUGGAGAUGAUGGCUGACAUGUCCGCCAUGGAGGACCUGCCACAGCAGUUCCAUAAGAUCUACAUCCACCAGUACAAGGAUGUCAGUAUUCUGUUUGCUGAUAUCAAAGGCUUCACGUCUCUGUCCAUGGUGCUGUCUGCCCAGGAGCUGGUCCGAACACUCAACGAGCUGUUUGGUCGCUUCGACCGCCUGGCAGAGGAGCACCACUGCAUGCGUAUCAAGAUCCUUGGGGACUGUUACUACUGUGUGUCCGGGGUCCCAGAGCCAGAGAUGGCCCACGCCCGCUGCUGUGUGGAGAUGGGCCUGGCCAUGAUCAACACCAUACGGUAUGUGCGCAGGCAGCUGAAUCACGAGGUGGACAUGAGGAUCGGGGUGCACUCAGGCUCUGUGCUGUGUGGGGUGCUGGGCCUGCAGAAGUGGCAGUUUGACGUGUGGAGCUGGGACGUCGACAUCGCCAACAUGCUGGAGGCUGGCGGAGUACCGGGGCGUGUCCAUAUCUCCCGGGCAACCCUAGAUUGCCUGGGCGGAGCUUAUGAGACAGAGGAGGGGCAUGGCUCCGAACGGAGUGAGUUUCUGCGGAAACACAACAUCGACACGUUCCUGAUUCGCCACUCUCCCAAGGAGGAGGAGCCGCCGAAGGCUCGCUGUCUGAGCCUGGAGGAGACCUACAACUGGAGCGCCGAGCUUCCCUUCGGAAACAUCAUCGGCAUGAACUGUAUCCUGGCGACCUUCACCAAUGGCUCCCUGGUCCAGCUGCCCAAUCAGCUGGCGGCGCAGCGUUCGGGCCCGCGGGAGGUGUACCGGAGGAUUCGCCAGGCCAUCGAGGUGCGCAGCAGUGAACACAUGAGGAAGGAACACAUCACUUCCAUCACACAGGUGUUCAAGGACGUACACAUCGAGGGCAAGUUCUCCCAGAUGAGGGAUGAGAUGUUCAAGUCCAACAUGUUCUGCUCCUUCCUCAUGCUCCUCUUCAUCAUGGCUGUGCAAGCCGUGAUCCCUGCUCCCCGGCUGUUCCCCAUGCUGCUCCAGUUUGGUGUGUGUGUGUGUGUGUACGUGGUGCUGCUGGUGGUGACCUUGGCCGAGGAGUUCAAGCACUGCCCCGCCUCCCUGCAGUACCUGUGCUGCUGGGUCCACGAGACCAAGAGUGCCAGAACCCUCCUCACCCUCACCGCCAUCACCGUCAACAUGGGGGUGGCCUCUGUCGACAUAUUGUGGUGUGACUCAACAAAAGUAGAGCUGACCAAUGGAAGCCAGUCUGACCAGCAACCUUCCACCUGGCCUGUCAACAUCUGCACACACCCCGAGUUCCUGGUCCUCAGCGGGGUGGUUGCCAUGGUAUCCUGUGCUGUGUUCCUCCGGCUAAGCUGUCUUCUCAAGCUAGCCGUGCUCUUAUUGGCUAUCGCCAUUUACACCUACGUCAUCGAGGUGGGCUACAACACCCUGUUCCUACGGCAGACAACCGGACACUGCAAUGGGUCUCACUGCUUGUGGAGGAAGGGGGUGUGGGUGCAGCUCAUGGCCAUAUUUGUGGUGGCAGUGCUGUACAACAGCAGACAGUUGGAAGCCACGGCCAGGCUGGACUUCCUGUGGCGCCUGCAGGCCAGACAGGAAGUGGAGGACAUGAAGGAGCUGAGGGAGCACAACGAGUGUCUCCUGUACAACAUCCUGCCCUCCCACGUGGCUCAGCACUUCCUGGAGAGGGACCGCACCAACGAGGACCUGUACUCCCAGUCCUACGAGCAUGUGGGGGUGAUGUUUGCCUCCAUCCCGGGGUUCACAGACUACUAUGAGCAGAAGGAGCUGAACCACCAGGACGUGGAGUGUCUCAGACUGCUCAACGAGAUCAUAGCGGACUUCGAUGAGCUGUUAGACGAGCCGUACUUCCAGGAAAUUGAGAAGAUCAAGACCAUUGGAAGCUGCUAUAUGGCUGCCUCUGGCCUGUCUCCCUUUAAACAGGAGUGUGAGGAUGAGUGGCGUCACCUCAGUGAGCUGGUGCUGUUUGCUCUGGCCAUGCAGGAGACCCUCAAACACAUCAACACAAAGUCAGGGAACAGCUUCCAGCUCCGCGUGGGUAUCGCCCAUGGCCCUGUGGUUGCCGGGGUGAUAGGCUCCACCAAGCCUCAGUAUGACAUCUGGGGUAUGACAGUCAACCUGGCCAGCCGCAUGGACACCACAGGCAUCAGGGGACGCAUACAGGUCCCAGAGAGCACCAGCCGCUUCCUGUCCGAGCGGGGCUUCGUACGGGAGCUCAGGGGGGACAUCUACGUGAAGGGAGUCAGCGAGAGGCAGGGCGGAGUGAGGACCUACUUUGUGAGCAGCCGCGAGCAGCAGACCAGCUACGUGGAGCGCAGCACCUGCCGCAGCGCGGGCAGGAACAACCUCUCCGCCGUGGUGUUUGCCCUCGUACGGGCCAAGAAGAAGGAGGACCUGCGAGAGGCCAACGGAGGGUUCCAUCUUCUAGAGGCUUCGUAGCACACGGAUGGCUUGUCAUACCCAGGACUGUCCACUAGAGAGAGCUCUGCCUGAAGGACUGCUGGUGCGUGGAUGCAUGGUGCCAAUGGAGCAUUUGAGACACUGCAUAGAUGACUCUGAGAACUAUUGUGUGGUGUACGCACA